AUGGUCUUUGACGACGGGGGCUUGAAGCCUGUCAGCGGUCCCAUUGUCUGCUUCGAGGCGGCGGCGAGCGACGACCACGGCGACCACGCACCAAUCGUCAUCAAGAAGACGAUCGCGCCCACCGCAUCGAAGGGCGGCGGGGCGUUGAAGCCGACUUCCCGGAAGCAGACUUCGGGGGCCUUCCCGCCCAACACGCUGUUCCGACUCAAGGAGACCAAGCGCGCCGGCAGCUGGCUCGCGCCAGACGGCGUGACGAGGCCGAAGGUCGACCUUCUCGUCGUCACGGCGACCUUUAGGGCGCCGAAGCGGCUCAGCAGCUCGAGCGGCUCCGGCGGCGGCAAGAUGGCGGAGCUGCCCGUCUCUUUGCAGUACGCGUCGUCGCGCAAGGCGUUUGUCAAGGGCCUCGACGACAUCAUCGAGCGGCCGCUGCUCACGCUCGAGCAGGAGUUUAUGCGAGACUACUCCUGGACGGACUUCAAGGACGUCAUGUACACGCUGCGCGAGGAGUGGGAGUACGUCAACGGGGAAGCCGUCCCCGCCGCUGACAAGACGCGCGGCACGCGCGACGAGAAAAACGGCGGCAUGUCCGUGGUGCAGUUUUGCGAUCGCAUUAACGCGCGCAUUGCAGAGCGGCGCGAGAAGCUGAAGCAGAUAAGCCCGGACACGCCGAUGCCGAGCGAGGCCAACGCCUUCCUGACGCGCGAGGAGGUGCUCGCGGUGCGGCUGUACACUGGCCCAGCCUACCAGCCCAUAAACCGCUUCCUGCGCGAGAUCGGCAACAAUUCCGGCGGCUUCCGCCGGCUCAUUGCGACGCACCCGGCGGCGACCUUCACCGCCACUGUGGCGCACCUCUGCCGCGCCAUCCGCAAGCUCUCCGCCAUCACGCUGCCAGAGGAGGCGGAAAAGCCUCUCUACCGUGGCGUGCGCGGCGAGCUGCCAUACUCGUUUUGGGUGCGGGGCGAGCUCGGCAUGGUCUGUGCCACGGACACCGCCUUCAUGUCCACUUCCCGCAACCGCGCGACGCCUUUGAUGUACAUGGACGAGAAUGGCCCGAACGUGCUGUGGAGCCUCCGCCCGUCAUGCGAGGGAGACACGGGCUUCCACCACGGCGCCGACAUCUCGCUGCUCUCGCAGUUUGCCGGCGAGGAGGAGGUGCUCUUCCCGCCGUGCACCAUGCUGCAGGUUCUCGAGCAGAAGGACUCGCCUGCAGUGACAGCAGAAGACAAAAAGGCGGCAUGGAAGGCCACAAAGCAAAAGACCAACUCGCGUUUCUCGACCGAAGCGGUGCUAGCGGGCGCCCCGUCCGGCAGCGGCGGAAAGCCGGGGCCAUCCAGAGCCAAGGCGAGCUCCACGGAGGAGCUUGCCAACCAGCUGCGCGAGUACAAGGAGGAGUCUGUGGAGGGCAAGCCGAAUAAGCCAAAGGUGGUGUAUUACGAGAUCCGGGUCAUGCCGACGUUUGUAUGAAGAUUUAGUUGCAGUUGGAUGUUUUGCCUUUUUGAUGUUUUUAGUUGAAACACAUAAAGUACAGGC